AUGUCCUUGAAUUCAGUCCCUCCCCCGGCAUACGAGGAGAUUGACUCCUCACACCUAGCUCCCCCCUAUUAUGGCCUUGGACAGAGCCAUUUCUUUCGCUCCACAACUUCUCUGACUUUGGAUCCAUCGCCAGUCGUCGAUGGGAAGCGCAGUUUGCUUCUCAUCUAUAUCCAUGGUUUCAUGGGCUCGGAGGCCAGCUUCCAAAAUUUUCCCAAGCACGUGCAUGAUCUGCUCUCGAUUACACUAUGCGAGACCCAUGUCGUCUACACCAAGGUCUAUCCUCGUUACAAGACGCGGGGAGCAAUGCAUAUUGCUCGCGAUCAAUUUAGCCAGUGGCUGUCCCCGCAUGAGUCUUCCAACCUCGAUGUCAUCCUUCUUGGUCACAGCCUCGGCGGCAUCGUCGCCGCGGAAGUAGCCCUGCUAUCGAUCGGCAAUCGCAUAAAACAUCGCAUCCUGGGGCUUGUGAACUUCGACGUCCCCUUUCUAGGUCUUCAUCCCCGUGUUGUCGCCACCGGAAUCAGAGGCUUGUUUCGCCGUCGACCCGAUGAAAUCACGCAGUACGAUGGUUCCCUUCCAACGGAGGGACUUGGCAUCCCGGAUGCGAAUCAGACAUUCGAUCCUGAUUUCGCAAAUGAUACGCAUCUCGCCCAAUGGACGGGGUGGAAUGGCGCACGCCAUUUCAUAUCCAAGUACUCGGAUCACUUGUCUCGGUCUCUCAUACGAUAUUUCUUCUCCUAUUAUGACCAUGCAGGGUGUGUGAACAAGUAUCCUGAACUUAUUAGGAGACAUCGCAAACUGCUCGAGUUGGAGGCCAUUGAUGAAUGGAGCUCCCCCGGCUCGACUGACAACCGGAUCCGAUUCGUGAAUUACUACACAACAAGUACAGGGUCAAUGAAAUCCAAAUCCUACGAUGAUUUGGGACCAUCAGUUCUCGCCGAAAAAAUAGACACAGCGUUGCGUGAACUGGAAAAACAAGAAACCACAGACGACGGAGCUGGUCUUGAUCAUGAACGUAGUGGUGGUAAUGCUGCCAUUCCAAAAUCCCUACGGAAAUUCUGCUACCUUCCCAAGGAUUCCAUCAAGGGGAGAGAUGAUCUGUGGAUCCCCGUGCUUAUGGAAGGCGUGGACGAGGUGGUGGGUCAUCAGUCCAUGUUCCUCCCGCGAAACAUGUCCUAUGAUAAGUUAGUGGGUGAUACAGCAGCACGCAUUGAAUCCUGGAUUCAUGAUGAUCUCACCACACGUGCUCUUCUGGCAGGAGGGACGUUCAAAUCAGCUGUUGUUGGUGGAUGA